AAGGGUUAUCUCCCCUCACAUAGCAUUCUUGACAACUGAAAAUGGACCCACUUUUUCUAGCAUACAGUUGUUAUAGAAGGAAGAAAUAUCAAGAAUGUACAGAUAUAUGUACAGAGUUACUAGAAAAGAACCCAUAUGACCAGGCAUCUUGGACAUUAAAGACUAGAGCUUUAACAGCACAGGUUUAUGUAGAUGAAGUUGAUGUGGAUGAAGAAGGUAUUGCAGAGAUGUUAAUGGAUGACAAUUCCAUAGCACAGGUGUCCAGACCUGGGACAUCCCUCAAACAACCAGGAACAGGCCAUGGUGGUCCUAGUCAAGGUGUAAGACCAAUGUCCCAGUCAGGAAGACCAUUAUCAGGAUUUACCCGUCCUGGGACACAGGGUGGGAGACCAGGUACAAUGGAACAAGCCAUUAGGACCCCACGUACAGCACAUACUGCCAGACCUGUCACUAGUGCCUCUGGGAGAUAUGUCAGAUUAGGAACUGCUUCUAUGUUGUCGACACCAGACGGACCUUUUAUUAACCUGGGUAGAUUGAACUUUACAAAAUAUGCAUCGAGACAGAACUUAGCCAAAUCAUUGUUUGAGUAUAUAUUUCAUCAUGAAAAUGAUGUCAGAAAUGCACUAGAGUUGGCAGCAUUAGCUACUGAAGCAUGUCAGUUUAAAGACUGGUGGUGGAAAGUACAGCUAGCCAAAUGUUACUACAGAUUAGGAAUGUUUAGAGACUCAGAACAGCAAUUAAAAUCAGCAUUAAAACAACAAGACAUGGUAGAUCCCUAUUUGUAUCUAUGUAAAGUGUAUCUCAGGCUCGAUCAACCUCUUACAGCUGUAGAAGUUUAUAAACAAGGAUUAGAAAAAUUUCAAGGGGAGACAACACUAUUGACAGGAAUAGCUAGAAUUUAUGAGGGUUUAAAUGAGAUGGAAAAUGCAGUAAAAUAUUAUAAAGAUGUUUUAAUGUAUGAUAGUAUGCAUGUGGAAGCCAUAGCUUGUAUAGCGACCCACCAUUUUUAUACAGAUCAACCAGAAGUAGCACUGAAAUUUUACAGACGCUUACUACAGAUGGGAGUAUAUAAUGCAGAGUUGUUCAGUAAUUUAGGACUAUGUUGUUUUUAUGCUCAGCAAUAUGAUAUGACACUAACAUGUUUUGAGAGGGCCUUGUCUUUAGCAGAAGAACAAACAAUGGCUGAUGUUUGGUUUAAUAUUGGACAUAUUGCCUUGGGUAUAGGAGACAUGAAUCUUGCCUACCAAUGUUUUCGCCUAACUUUAGCCAAUAAUAACGAUCAUGCAGAAGCCUAUAACAACUUAGGUGUUUUAGAACUGAGGAAAGGCCACAUAGAUUUGGCCAGAUCAUUUUUCCAGGCAGCUUUUAUAAUAUCGCCACAUAUGUAUGAACCACAUUAUAAUUGGGCAGCUUUAGCAGAUCAGUUGGGUGAUCUACAGAGCAGUUAUAAUGCAGCUAAGAGAGCCGUGGAUGCUUUCCAAGACCAUGUUGACUCAAAAGAUUUAUUAAAGCAACUGAAACAUCAUUUUUCAUUACUGUAACAUUAGUGUCAUAAUAAUCUUCUACUGUGAUAUAUUUAAUAACUUUAUGAAAUGGAAAUGACAGACUUGGUAUACAAUUGUUAUGUAUGUAUGUUUUUUUACUUGUUGUAGUAUUAAAUUGAAUCACCCUC